AGUCACUCGAAUUCUGAGUCCUGACCCAACUUCCCUUCUCUCUCUCUCUCUACAUAUCACUCUCUUCUUUCUGUCUCUGUUCGCUCGCCCUGGUCCCUCCUCGACUCAUUCGUGAGCGGGAGAGGCAGAACAGAUCAAAGAGAAUCUUCAUCACCACGCCGAUCUCUCUCGUUGGACGAUCGGAAAAUUGGCCAUCUCACUUUCGUCCUGCUUACCUGAGGCUGAGAUCUACAAGGAAACGGUUGUAGAUGGACGGAAGACAUGUAACAAAUGGGUUAAGGCCGCAAGUGCAUCUUCUUAAUUGAGCAUUUACUUGCACGUUAUUAUGCUGCAGAUCAUGAAUAAAUGUCUGUAGCCUUCUAAAGCCUUAGGUCAUUUCAAAGCAAAUCCAUAUGCACGAUCCUUCAUUGGCUGGUGGAGGAGAUAAGAUGGUCAAUGGGCAUUAUAAUUUGAAUGUUCUUCUGUCAGAAAUCCAUAAUGAUAAUUGGACGUUACUACAUUCUUCAGGCAGGAAACCUUUAGCUCGUUAUAAGCAUGCAAUUGCAGUUGCUCAGGAAAAGCUUUUCGUCAUUGGCGGAAGCUGCAAUGGUCGAUAUUUUUCAGACGUGCAGGUUUUUGAUCUUAGAUCGUUGACAUGGUCCGUGUUAAAUCCAAGGAUUGAAAUAGAAAAUCUCGGUUUAGAAAAUUCUACCUCAAAAGUGGCCUUCCCAGCAAUUUCUGGCCAUAGUCUGGUUGAAUGGGAAAACAAGCUUCUAGUUGUCGCAGGACAUUCAAAGGAAAAAACAGAUUCUGUGAUAGUUUGGUCAGUUGAUCUAAAAACAUUGGUGUUCUCGAUCUUGAAGACCCAAGGAAAAAUUCCGGUGGCACGAGGGGGUCAAUCUGUUACAAUUGUGGGUUCAAAACUGAUAAUGUUUGGGGGGGAAGGCAGAAAUAGACAGUUGCUAAAUGACCUCCAUAUUCUUGAUUUGAUUACUAUGACUUGGGAUGAAGUGGAAACUAAGAAUGCUCCUCCGUCACCACGAUUUGAUCAUACAGCUACAGAGCAUGCUGGACGGUACUUGUUUAUCUUUGGUGGCUCCACUCAAUCAUCAUGUUUCUGUGAUCUUCAUGUGCUGGACUUGCAGAACAUGGAGUGGUCUCAACCUGACGUGCAAGGUGUUGCUGUGACACCUCGAGGUGGUCAUGCUGGUGCAGCUGUUGGUGAUAUGUGGUACCUAGUUGGUGGUGGAAACACUAUAAGCGGUGCCACUGAAACUAUUGUUUUGAACAUGUCCAAACUUGUCUGGUCAGUAGCUACGGUCGUUCCCUCACAAGAUCCACUUGCCAGUGAGGGCCUUAGCCUUUCUGCAAUGUCCAUUGACGGGGAAAGCCUUCUGAUUGCCUUCGGUGGCUACAACGGCAAGUACAGCAAUGAGCUUUUCGUUUUAAAACCCAAGCCAAGAGUACCAACAAAACCCAAACUCUACCAGUCACCAGCUGCCGCAGCCGCAGCAGCUUCAGUUACAGCUGCUUAUGCUUUAGUAACAUCAACUGGCACAAAGGACAUCGAUCCUGUUGACGAAAACCUUAAGAGUGAGCAAGCUAAAAGACAACCAGAGGUCGAGUCGUUUGCGACUGAGGUGCUGACAGUAGAGAAGAAGAAUCUAGAGUCUAAGCUCGCUGAAGUAAGACGAGAAAAUGCAAAGGUUGAAGGAAAUCUUGAAGAUGCUAGAAAUCGUCAGUCUUUAUUGUCUAUGGAACUCAAGGCUGUUGCAUCACAACUAGAAGCUGAAAGAUCAAGAUGCUUCAAACUAGAGAUACAAAUUUCAGAUAUUCAGAAGAGAUUAGAUUCAGUAGGUUCUCUAGAGCGAGAGCUGGAGAUCCUACGGCAGGAGAGAUCACAAGUCGAGCAAAAUACGGCUGGAGUGCAGCGGCAAGGUUCUGGUGGUCUUUUGCGCUGGAUGACCGGUUAAACGCAUAUGCAGAGAAGGCCUGAUGAGCACACAGCAAAAGUUGAAAGUGUGCUUACUUGGUGGGCUAACGAGGUUUGCCCGCACCCUUUUGUGUUCCAUGCAAUUACUCUAAUUCAUAUUUAGUGAGUCUUUUUUUGCUAUUGUUUAAGACUCCGUUAUUGUGAGAGUUAUUUGUGAGCAUUGUUUUGUUAAUAUUUUCAUUUUGGAAUUCGGUUAUCUUGUUUUGUUCAAGCUAUUAAGCAUGUUAUUGAGCUUAUAAAAAUUUCAAAAAAAUGUUUUCUAGGACGUAUUAUUGAACUUUAAAGAAAAAUUUUGAGCAAUAUUUGCUA